GGAGUCGGCCGUAGGUGCCUGCCUGCGACAGGGUAGCAACCCUCAGCAGAUCAGAGCGAGUGGGCGCAGCUGGAGUUCCUGGUGUGGCCCCUGUCCAAGAAGCCGCUCAGAUAUGAAGCAUCAACAAAUGAAUGAAUGAAUGAAGAGCUGGGAAUAGCCUAUCCAAUCACUGACGGGAUGCCUAAUAUGAUACCACAGGCAGCAAGGAUGACCCAUCAGGAUAAGAAGAAGAAACGGAGCAGCACUAGACCAUAAUUUUUAAAAACCACACCAACUGUUCUCAAUACCAUACCCAUUUUAAAACAAGGUGGCAGCUAUUAAGUGGGAGAAGAGAAUGUUUCCGUCUCUUCCUACACUGACCAUCCUUAUUCCACUGAUUUCUCUCACAGGUCUUUUCUACGCGGCCUCUGUGGAAGAAAACUUCCCACAAGGCUGCACUGGCACUACCAGCUUCUGCUUCUACAGCUUGCUCCUGCCCAUUACCAUACCAGUGUAUGUGUUCUUCCACCUCUGGACUUGGAUGGGGAUUAAACUCUUCAGGCAUAACUAAGGGAGCCAGAGCCAAGGUGGUCUAUGGAUUCGUGAUACGUCUAGGGCAUCCAUCUCUGCAAGUUCAACUAGGUGGAAAUGCUGGAGACACAUUGCAUUUGCAGGAAAGAUCUUUGCCUCGCUUCUCAGGAUUGGGCCUACGAGAGACAUGCUGCAGAAGCUUCUUUUAUUGUACUUUAGUUCGGACAGCCCUUGUGUUUUGAGGGUUCUGACAGGACUGCUGUGUCAGAAGGAACUUGUAACAGUGUCUUAUUGGAGCUUAACACCCCUAAUGCUCAUCUGGUGACCAUUUCUUAGCCCAUUCAUCUAAAAGUUAGCCAUUUGUAAUUUUGUUUGUUUAGCUUCAAGCUUGUUGGUAAAGUGACUUAGU